AUGCGACAGGUUCAGCCUGUGCAACCCAAAGCACAGAUAUUGCGUACCAACGUGGACGAACGCUUAAAUACUUGCACGCACGUGUUCGUUCGCAUUGACAGUGUACGCCGGCCACGUCAACCUCCUUAUUCUGGUUCGUACCGUGUCGUACGCAGAAGCGACAAGACGUUUACCAUUGAUUACAAUGGUAAGACUGAGACGAUCAACGUAGAUCGAAGCAAACCAGCGUUCCUCGACAAGUCUGGCUCUUCGUUGCAACAAGCACCUUCACAGCCUGUGCCAUCACAGCUCACACCGCAACCUCAGACGAGUCAGUUCGCUCCAGCAGAACCGACAACCUCAAACGACAGCACCCCUACUCGCCCUACUAUCGAUCGACGCGGUAGGAAACUCAAGCCGACUUCGUUAGCACUCACUAUUUUACAUAGAACGUGCCUUUGA